GUUAUUAUUUGUGUGUUGUUGUUGUUGGUAUACAGACUCCAAAUCCCAGGGUCCUCAGAACGCGACCUGUGCACGUGACUUGUUUCCACGGUGCCGCUCUCGCGCAGAACUCAGGCGCUCCGACUGAAAGGAGUUUAUGGAUGACAAGCGGUCUGUCAGCAGGACGCAGAUUACAUGUCAUCCUUGAUCUGAAGUUAUGGGAACACGGAAGGUUUUGGUGACAGGAUGCUCCUCUGGAAUUGGUUUGGCACUGGCUGUCCGUCUUGCAAAAGAUAAAUUAAAACGCUUCAAAGUUGUGGCCACUAUGAGGGACCUGGAUAAGAGAGAAGCUCUGGAGAGAGCAGCUGGAGAAAGCCUCAACAGAUCCCUGGAGAUCCGGCAGCUGGAUGUCACCUGUGAGGACUCCAUCAGAGAGUGUUUGAACAGCUUGCCAGAUCGACGAGUGGGUGUGUUAGUGAAUAAUGCAGGUGUGGGUAUGAUUGGUCCUUUGGAGUGUCAGAAUGUAAGUGCUAUGCAGGAACUCUUCAACACUAAUUUCUUUGUGCUGGUGAGACUGGUAAAAGAACUGCUCCCUGACAUGAAGCGCCGUCAGAGCGGACACAUCGUAGUGAUGAGCAGUGUCCUGGGCAUCCAGGGAUUUCUUUUCAAUGAUGUAUAUGCUGCCUCUAAAUUUGCUGUAGAGGGUUUUUGUGAGAGUCUUGCUGUGCAAGCUAUGAAGUUCAAUGUCAAGAUGACAUUAGUGGAGCCAGGCCCAGUUGUAACUGAGUUUCAGAAGAAAAGGUAUGAAGAGGCAGAGAAGAUGGAUCUCUCGGAGACUGUCUUCCAUCAGAUUUACCUGCCAUAUUCACAUAAAAUUUUCAACUCAGUUGGGCAGACACCCGAAGAAGUGGCUGAGCAAACUCUCCAGCUGAUUGUGUCCAAAAAACCCCCAUUUCGUCAUCAGACCAAUCGUUUGUACAUGCCACUGACUGCCAUGAAGCAUGCUGACCCAACGGGGCGACUGCCCAUAGACGCAUUCUACAAAAUGAUCUUCCAGCAUGACCGCAUGUUCAGUGCUACUCUGAGUAUUCUACGCAUACUUCACAGGGGAACAGGUGCUGCCUAAAAAGCUCUGAGGUAAAAAAAAAAAAAAAAAAAAACAUUUCAAAAGCAUUUCAGAGUUUUAAAGCCCCAAAAUAGGUCGUGCUCAUUGAAUAUGAAAAUAUGGCCAAACCACAGAUAGCAAAAAAAAUUCACUACUUGAUCACUACCUAUCAUGAGCAAAUACAUAAUGUUUAGUUGCAAACUGCAGUGUGUAAUACUCUAGUGUCUUUUUCAUUUUGUAAUGGUUUUUCAACAGUCAAGGGGUAACUUACUUGCUCGUGUUUGCCCUGGAGCACAUGUACAAGAGACUGAAGACCAUUCAGUGCCCGAUAAAGUCAUGACGUUUUGUUCUUGCUUUGAAGAAGUAAAAGAAUAUUGGAAAUAAAUUGACAUCUAGAUGCUGUUCUACUUCACACUACCGUGAGGUUUAGGUUAGAUAAAUACGUAAAUAUGUUCUGUGCUGAUAAUACAGUUUAUCCAGUAUAAACAGCAGCUGCCACAAACAUGCCACAUGCUGCGAUUUGCACUUUCUCUCUCUUCUGAGGUGACAAAGCAGAAGCUAAGAAAGUAUCCGAUCAUUGCCAUGUAAAUAUAUUUGGACCAGUUAUGCAGUUCACCGACAUACUAUUAUGAUCUACAGUAAGUCAACAUUUGUAGUGGAUCAAUAAUCAAAAUUGCCCUAAGACAAGAACACAUUUUUGUUUUAGGACUAUUUUGAUAAAAGGUUUUGAUCUACUUCAACUGUUGACUAGUUUAAGUAUAUUUGAGAUACUGACCAUUGAGACUAUUUGAAAAAUUUACAUUUUUUUGGCGUAGAACAUUUACGUUUUAGUGAAUUUAACCCUGACAGGUUUGUCAACCAAUCACAAACACCUUUAUCCACAAUCCUACUAAAUGCUGGACUCGGAAUGCAUGGAAAUAUAAAAGACAAAUAAUAAGACAUUAGUGAAAUGUAGUUUCUACCGCUUUAUUAGAAGUAACAUAUUUUACAACUUUGUCUGUAGAAAGAAACUGUGAAAAACUGUUUAUAUACAAUGAUUUUAAACUACUUUUAAACAAGUAUAGGAAAUUAAUAAUGACAAUAGAAAAUAUCUAUGGCUGUUCUAGUUAUGCAAGACCAAUACACAGUCACAUCCUCACCUUAAUAAUGCUAAUACAAAGUACAUUUACUUUUUGUUCUUUUUAGUACAUAUUCAUUUUUUAGAAACAUAAGACUUCUCAUAAACAAGUAGACCUAAACAAGGUGAAAUAUAUUUACAAAAAGGUACUGAAAUUUCAAAAAUAUCUGGAGAACUGUAUCAAGAGAGCUGAAAAGUUCUGAAUGAAAGGAAGACUUAGCUGGGUUAGCGAAGCUUAGUAGUACUUAUGUAGGAAAACAAAGAGGUCCAGAAUGUGCUCCAAAACCUCCACAAGCCUUGAAAUGUGGUACAUGAAGAUUUUACAGUUUCAUAGAUGCACACUCGGUAUUAAGCACGAAUACUAUUUGAAAAUAAUAAUGCAUGGCUUUAUGUGCCAUAAUUCAGUGAAAUGGAUUUAUUCCUCUUGGUGAUAGCAAGAAAACAGCUGUCAGUGUCAUCAAAUGCAGGUCUUACAGUUGGGCAAAUUGAAACGAGAUGAACAUAUGGACAUGUUACAGAAAGCCAGGGGCAUCACUACAUGGUAGCGUUUCCCAUCUCACGCCUUCUGACCAGACACGACAGAUGUCAUCGUCUAGGCUGAUAGGGUGGGAACUGCUAAAGAUGCAGACAACGCUGCAUGCUAUAUAACACCUCCCUGAGGAGUGACAGAGCAAUAGCAGACCAUUAGAACCCAGUUAGCCACGUACCCAACUCACAACACAUAUGCUUACUAUCCAAACCAAAAGGAGCUGGAAUAUGAUUAGACCACAUGGAAAUGCUGGACCUGAGGGAUCAAAUUACAUUAAACUAAAUCAACCACGCUGCCUUGGCUUCGUAAAGCCCCAGAGGAAGACUUUCUAGUGGUCAAGUGUCAGCUGCAGCUGUUCAGUAUUGAAAUGAAGUGCUUGUGAGGGCUCGGGAACAUGGCGAGAUCAGUUUUGCAGUGGUCAGUGGCUCCACGAGCGUGGGUUGGUGGGUACUGAUCAGGGAAUGUUAGAGGAAAAGGAAGUUGGCUGUCACCGAAGAAGUGACGCAGAGCAGCAGCCUAAUAACACAGCUUAAUACAUCAGUGUUCCACAGGUAACUGUGGAUCCAAAAAUGUGGUUAUAAAAAGACAGAAAACAAAUUUACACAAGGCAAGACUAUAAGGCAGUGACUGGCUGGGAUUUUGAGAGGGAACGUGUAGAGCCUUGGCCAGCUCUGGCCAGUGUAAGUCGGUGAGGUCACUUAAGAAACUAUGUUCAGUAAAAUAAUUUCCACUGAUACAACGCUGAAAACAUUCUAAACACUGGCCUGUUUUAGAGAGGCGCUUUUAUGCACUGUUGUUAUAAAUUCUGCAUUAUGAUUUCAGGGUUUUCUUACCGCAUUUCUCUCUCUCUCAAGCUUUUCCCCUCGAAGUGCUUCACAGAUGCCCCUCUACAUUCAUACAAAUACUUUUACAAAACAUAUAAAAUAAUUUUAAAUCAGAAUAUUUCACUUGUAUUGGUCUCUAUAUACCUCUGUUUUCAUGUGCCAAUCUGUUUCUGAAAGCUAGACUAAAUAAAUAUCCCUAAAAUUUGUAAAAAUUCUAAUCUCAUUAUGUGUGUGUGCGUGUCACUUAAAAGCCCGGGUGUGUAUGUUCUGACUGGAUCAAAUGCUGCUGAUGAAACUGGGGCGGAACAGGCUAACUAAGCAAUCAUGAGUUGCUCCUCUUGUAACAGUAGUGACAUGGAACCUGAGGAGACCUCACGAGUCCCAGGUAAUAUAUUGGGAAUAGUAAGGCAGUUGUUAUGGGGGUCGCUAAAAA